AUUGUAACCAUUGAUUUUUAAAUGUCAAGGUGGUUUGCUGUAAACCGCUUCUAAACUGGGCUAAAUUAAGACGAGGUACCGGUUUAGUGUUUACACAUGCUGUCUGCACCAGGGAGUGACCAGUUUAUGGCACGAAUGUGAAGGGGGGGUUAAUGUCUAGGUGGGAUGCAGCUAAUGUCAAAGUUGUGUUUGGGUCAAGUCAACCUUUUACCCAAUGCUCAUAACCUGUUAUUUUGAAUCUAAAUUCUAACCAUAAUUUGAAGUCUCUGACAUUUGCUUGUCAAAACUGGGCUUGCUUGCAUGGGGCUAGCAGUGUACACCACUUGGGUGCUUGUUAAAUUGACAACUAAUGCAGGCUGGUAUUUGUCCUCAAAAGUGAUUCGUUUGAAGUGAGCAUGGCUGAUAAUUUUAAUUGCUUUGUUAGCAUAAUUUUCCAGAGUUUAGUGGGGUUGUGUCAAUGUUAAGCAAGGGUCAGAUAAAAAUGACCCCUGGCACAGUCAGAGAAAUAAUGUGUACAACUAUACAAUGCACGUUAUAUAAAUGGAAGCAGUCUCCUGUUGACCACCCUACCCUGCCUGUUGCGUGCCCUGGCUGUCACCUCCACCGUAGGGCACAGAAAGCCGCCAUGACACUUAAUCAGAUUACGUUUCCUCUGCUCGGAGCAGGAGAGCAGAAUCGGGCAGUGAGGAAGGUGGGAAGUUGUAUUUUCCAUAGGGCUGGUACUGUACUCACCCUCCAUACCACUCUGCCCAACACUGGGACCAUGAGUGCACAGCCCCCUGCUAAGGAGGCCGCUCCCUGUGAGUAUACUGGCAUACUAGGGGACAGCUCGGAGUCUGACCAAGAGCCCAGUCCAGAGGACCAGCUGGCUGCCUCCUGGGAGAACCUUCCUAUACUGGAAAGACUGGGCCUCAGCAUUGGUACAGAGAUGACUGAAGAGGAGGUAGAGAGUGCAUUUACCCAGCUGGCUCUGGCGUUCCGUUGUAACCAGUACACCCUGGCCCAGAGACUGCAGGCUGAGGAACACGACAGAACCGUGGCCCAGGAGAACCUCAACCUGGAACUGGAGAGUGCCAGAGACACUCUGCGGUCUCUGAGAGGUAGGUGUGUAGACGCUGAGCGGUCAGAGAUGCUGAGUUGUAUCGAGGCCAGUCUAGGCACCGUGCUGGACGGCGUGAGUGACAUCAUCGCUGCUGCUGAGAUGCUGGGGGUCGUGCACCAGGAAGCACGUGUGUGUUGUUCUGUGGAAAUUAUGGAGGUUCAUGUGGAACACCUGAAGCGUCAACAUGCUGUGGAGAGCGCUGAGCUGCUGGAGACCAGAAAGCGGCUCCACCGCAGCCGGGGCAGGAAUCACAGUGACUCAGAGGAAGGAGACGUCAGGAAUCGGUUUGUCAGACGAGACUCCCUACAGACCCUCACUCGGCGACGAGUCAGCGUAACACUAAUCCCAACGGGGUCCCAGCUCAGCGACCUAGAAACCAAGUUCCAGGAGGGUUGCAGGGCUGGUGCUGACACUGACAGCCAGGGGCCAGAAGUAGGCAGUGUGAACCAAGCCAGCAGACCCCCUGAGAUGAUGUCCCCCCUGGCAAUCCCAUCCCCCCACUCCACCCUCCUCAUUAGACAGAGCUCCACACAGAGCUCCCAGAGCCUGGAGGACGAGAGCGAGAGAGCCCCUCACACCAGUUCCCUGCAGAUGACGCUGCGUCACAGGCGGAGGUCUGCCGUCCUGGAGCGUGAGGCCGAAGCUGAGGGGUCAGGGGUGGAGUCAGCAACGGGGUCAAGAGCAGGGUCAAUAGUUGGCACAGCCGAGCCCAGUGAGCUCUCUAUGGCCGAAUCGGUAUUCACCUCAGAGCCGCGAGUGGUUCUGUCAGAGCAGAAUCCCCGAGCUUCCUGGCUGUCUUACUGUCUCUGGGUCCUGGUGGUACUGCUCCUCUUGGCUCUCUCUUUCUUCAUCUUGCUGGGGUUCCUACUCUGGGGCCUGAGGGUUCCUCACCACAGCCCUAGCUUCUGACAUCUCACUUCUGCAGCACUGUCUCAGCUCGACACCACAGAGUUCUGGGUUCCACAAUCUGUGUUCUAAGAUAUGACUUCUGUACCACGGUUCUGAGCUACCCACCGCCUCCAUGGACUGGGCCCACACUACCUGCGAUAAUAUGUUGAACAAAUUGCUUGCACUCUACCUGUAAUAUGAUGGAUGUAAUAUGUUCUAUGAUAUCUGUGCAUAUUAUUUGUGUUGUCAGCUGUGCAUGACAAAUGACAUGAAAUGAACAAAAUGGAUUUUUGUAUCUGUGUUUAAAAUCCAAAUCAAAUUGUAUUCGUCACAUGCUUUGUAAACAGCAGAUGUGGACUAACAGUGAAAUGCUUUUACUUACAGGUCCUUCCCAACAAUGCAGAGAGAAAGGAAAUAGAGAAAUAAUAGAAAAGCCAAGCAGGAAAUAAUACAUACAAUAGAUACGAUAACUUGGCUAUAUACAAGGGUACCCGUAACGAGUCGAUGUGCAGGUGUACAAGGUAAUUGAUGUAAU